CAGCCACAGACCCGUCCUGUAAUUCGAAUAGCAUUAUGGCCGCACCCACGCCCACUGCCAUCGCCACCCAUAUCGAGGAGACACAUGUGAUUCCUAGCGCUAUUACUGAAGUCUGGCCAGUCAUCAAAGGAAUGAAGAUGGAGACGUGGUGGAAUCUGGUAGACAAGGCCACCCCUGAUUCCCCUGGCACCGGCUUGGCCUUGGGCAGCACCUACACGCUGCACUUCAAGGACGGCACCCAGUGGGGCAUUGUCAUCGUGGAGGCCAGCGAGCUCCACAAAUUUGUGUCCUUCGAGAUUAUCAGCAGCAACCCCAGCAUCUCCGUCUCCUCCGCCUUGCACACGUUCACUUGCAAACCUGUGACCGCCACGGACCACACCUUCGUGUCUUGGUCCACCGACUUCAGCAACGACGCGUCCGCUGACGCCGUCCUCGACUCGCGCUUCAAAAAACGCGAGGGCUUGCAAGGGCUCCACGAUCUUUUCGCGCGAAAAUGAGAAGGGAGACGAGAUCGAUAGACAUGAUAGAAAAUAGUAGAGGGACGGUGCAGAGGACACGGGCGGGAAUGCGAGAAAGAAGGUAGAAAGAGGCGGAAAAGGAGGGUGGGGGGAGGGAGAUGAGGUGGGGGACAGGACAAGCUGGGUGAGAAAAUGGAGCCACGGAGGCAGUGGUCGGAAAGAGUGGAAUAAUAGACGAAAGGAAGGUGAGCGAAUGCGAAGAUAGGGCAAAUUGAGAGGAAGAAAGCCGGAGGAUAGCCUCACACUGUGGGCGGGCGCGAGGGGGGAAAGGGGGAUGGAGGGAGGGGUGCC